AUGCCUCCUUUGAACAACUCGGUUUUUUUAAAACUCACGCACCCUGUUGCUGGCACGAGCAACAACCGGCCCAACGUUUCAAAUUUGAACGCUGGAGGGCCAUGCCAACAUUCAUCUAGUGCUCCAAAUUGUUCGUACGAUAACAACCAUUGCCAUGAUCACAACAACCACAACAAGGCAUAUGUAAAUCCUGUUCAUCAUCACGAUCAUGACAUUCCGAUCUAUUCCAAUCAAACCAUGGAAAUGAUCCAUGAUGCAAUUAUUUUAUCAGAAUUAAAAUCACCAACUCCCGACGUUCAUAUUUUGUUUACACAUUUUGAUAAGAAAUAUUUUCAUAACAAACUCGGUGCUUGUACGACAUUGCGAUGGAGUAGUAAAAUGACUUUAUGUGCUGGAAUUUGCUACAGUCAAUACCAAAAAUUGACUAUAACAAAAACUUAUACUGGAAAAACGCCUGGUGAUGUUGUGAAAAAGCAGGAACAGAUUUCUCAAAGAGUUUGCACAAUUUCACUUUCUGAAAAGCUAUUGAAAUUUAGACCUUCCAUAGAUACUAUAUCUACCUUAAUUCAUGAAAUGAUUCAUGCGUUUCUUUUCAUUGAUUCCAAUGUGGUUGACAGGGAAGGACAUGGUGAUAACUUUAAAUGGUGGAUGAAUUAUAUUAAUCGAGUGGAAGCAAAUACUGGGAUUCAUAUAACGAUUUAUCAUAGUUUUCAUGAUGAGGUUGAUUAUUAUAGACAACAUCAUUGGAAAUGUGCAAAGUGCUCCAUGCUAGUGAAGCGAGCCAUGAAUCGAGCUCCAAACAAGUACGACGACUGGUUUCCAGAUCAUGAGAAAAAAUGUGGAGGAACUUUCAUAAAAGUGAAAGAACCAGAGAAGAAGAAGGAAAUUGAUUCGAAAAAGAAUUAUGCUGGUAUUCAAAAAUCUAGAAAAUUCAUGGAAUCUUUCUUGAAGAAGUCCAUUUCAACUAGUAGCUCGGCUUCGGCCUCAUCAUCUAAAUCAGAAUGCACUGACACCACGAAAUCUACAUCAACUUCACAAAAGCCAAAACUGUACUUGAAGAGAAAAGGAAGUGUAUUGGAUACAAAAAACAUCAGUUUGUCAUUGCCCUCCGUUGAUUCCAAUCCAACAAAACAAAGAGAUACAGUCUUAAACAAUCGGCACGAAAAGUACUCUGAUCUUAAUGACAUAAUUUUAAUUGAUGAUGAGAGCAGCACUAGAAAUAUCAGCACAACUACUAUUGAAGUCAUUGAUUCUAGCGACGAUGAUCUCGACAAUUCUAUCUCAGAAAUUGUUAUUGAUAACAAUGACGAUGAUUAUAUCCCACCUGAAAAUGUAGUUAUCGUCAACAACAAUGAUAGUAUUAUAAGUGAUGGUAGCAAUGGAGAUGAUGUCAUUAUUUUGUAG